UUAAAAGUUUGUUUAUUUCGCGAAACCAUUAAACUAAAGUAAAUCACGUUUAUAAAAUGUCUGACACGGAGUUGGAUGCAGUCGAAGAGCAGCAUUCCUCGUCAUCAGAAGGAAGCAGUCCUGAGAGCGACAACGACGUAAUUGACGAAAAUGAAAAUGCGCCGCGCACGCCGGCAGCCGAUGACGAACGUUCAUCGCCUGAGGAGGAAGGCAGUAGCCCAGAGAGUAUAUCUCCAAAUAGUAGUAUAUCCCCAGAAACUAAUAUAUCUCCAGAAAAUACUGGCACAAAUGAGGGAGAGCAGUCCAUGGAAAUAACUGAGACCCCAGAGCAAAUGGAAAGGACGCUAGCAGCCGAACCGAGCACCGUUGAGGUCACACUAGCACCUAAUCUCAGUCCAAUUUCGGAUGAUACGGAGGAAGAGGAUAGCAGCACCAGCAGUUCUGGCAGCAGCAAGCGCAGCGGCACAUCAUCAUCCGGCUCCGACCCCAACGAUGAGCACUCACCGGAAACAGUGCUUUGCAUGAGUGACAUUAUUGGCAGUAGCAGUGAUAUUAAAGUCGAUGAUUCUAGCAGUGCUAAUGACGACACAGUCACACAGGAUUUUCCCAUCCAAGCACAACAAAAUGAUAUGGAUAUAGAUCCGCAUCCGCAUCUGCAUCAGCAUCCGCAUCUGCAUGAAGAUGUGGGUGCGGAUGUAGAGUUGGAUGUGGGUGCGGACGUAGAGUUGGACGUGGGUGCGGAUGUAGAGCUGGAUGUGGGUGCGGAUGUAGAGUUGGAUGUGGGUGCGGAUGUAGAGUUGGAUGUCGCUCCGGAACCUGAUGUGAAUGCAGAUGCAGAUGAGGAAGUAGGUGAGGAUUCAGGUGAAGAUUCAGGUGCAGAUUCAGGUGAAGAUUCAGGUGCAGAUUCAGAUGGAGAGUCAGAUGGAGAUUCAGAAGGAGGUUCAGAUGGUGAUUCAGAUGGAGGCUCAGAUGCAGAAUCAGAUGGAGGUUCUGAUGCAGAGUCAGAUGUGGAAGCGGACACCGAACACGUGGCCGAAAUGCCCGCCUCGCCAGAGGUUGCGACAAAUGAGGUCAAAGAGGAAGCCGUGCAGCUGCCUGCAAAACGUACUAGCUACGAAUCACCGCGCAGCAUUGACGAUGAUGGCGAAGAUGAAGCUGAGCAGCUGCCAGCAAAACGCACUUGCUACGAAUCGCCACGCAGCGUGGACGAAUCGCUGCGCAGCUUUGACGAGUCGCCACGCAGCAGUGUCGAGACGCCGCCACCGGUAAACAAACAGAUAAGCUACCGGGAAAUGAGAGCUGAGCUCCUUGAGGAGCAACAGCGAAAGCAUAAUGAGAUGCAGAUGCAAUAUGAAAUUGAGCAGCAAGAAUACGAAGAACGAAUGAGACGAAAGAAACUCGAACAACGACAACAACAAAAGCAAAAAACUACAAUUAAUGAGUUGAACGAGGAAGUUGAGAGCAUCUCGGGUGGCAGCGAUGAAUCCAACAGCGGUAGCGACAGCAGUGGAAGUGGCAGCGACAGCGGCAGUGGUAGUGGCAGCGACAGUGGCAGCGGAAGCGACAGCGACAGUGAUGAUAACGAGAGCGUUAUAGGCUACGACAGCUCAUCGCAUGACACUAUGACGGCCACAGAGAAUGAAGAUGAUGGGAAAGAGGGGACAGCUGUGAAAGGGGAGAUAGUUGUAAAAGAAGAGACAGAUGAGAACCUUGCAAUGGCGCUUGUCAGAUAUGUGCCACCUGACGACAACGAUAGCGAUAGCAGCAGCGAUGAAAGCACAGAUUAUAAGGAUGUAAGUAAAGAUCCAGAGAAAAUCUACUAUGUACGCAGAUCCGAUGGCACCGUGCAUGUCGGCCAAGUGUUGCAGUCACGCAACACCGAUUAUGAUUGCAUCUCACCCAAUGAAUUCUAUGUGCACUAUGUGGGUCUCAAUCGCCGCCUGGAUGAGUGGGUUGCUCGCCAUCGUAUUUCAACAAAUGCCGAAGAUUUGGGUGGCGUUAACAUAAACCUUGAUGACUUUCCGCUUAGCGAGGAGGCCAGCACAAGUUCCCAGGCUAAGAAGAUGGCGUUUGCAGCCGCCGCCGCCGCUGCCAAUGUUGCUGCUGCUGCUAAAGCAUCUACGGCGGUCGUCCCACAUCGCCGACGCAGGCGACUGCCAAGGGACUACUAUUUGUCAGCCAAUGAGAACAAUGGCUAUGAUUAUAGCGAUCGCAAGAUGACACGCUAUCAAAAGCGACGCUAUGAUGCCAUUAAUCAUGUGCAGAGGUGCCAUACAGAUCUGACAGCCUCGCAGGCGGCACUGGAGAAGGAGCAUGAGCUGAUAACCAAAAUCAAAUACAUUGAUAAGCUGCAAUUUGGAGCUUUUGAGAUCGACACCUGGUACUUCAGUCCAUAUCCCGGUGAAUAUGGCAAGACGCGUACAUUAUAUGUCUGCGAGUUUUGUCUAAAGUACAUGCGUGUUGAGGACACCUAUAAUCUGCAUCUUGCCAACUGUAAGCGACGACAUCCGCCUGGGAAAGAGAUUUAUCGCAAGGGCACGCUUUCCAUUUAUGAGGUAAAUGGAAUGGAGGAGCAGCUCUACUGUCAGCUGCUGUGUCUUAUGGCCAAACUGUUUUUGGAUCACAAGGCGCUCUAUUUUGAUAUGGACCCCUUCUUCUUCUAUGUCCUCUGCGAGAUUGACCGCCAGGGGAGCCAUAUUGUGGGCUAUUUUUCCAAGGAGAAGAAAUCACUGGAGAACAAUAAUGUGGCAUGCAUUCUGGUGUUGCCGCCAUAUCAGCGCAAAGGCUAUGGCAAGCUAUUGAUUGCCUUUAGCUACGAGCUGUCACGCAAAGAGGGCAUUAUUGGCAGUCCAGAGAAUCCUCUCUCAGAUCUGGGUCGCCUCAGCUAUCGCAGCUAUUGGGCCUAUACGCUGCUGGCCCUGAUGAAGCGACGCUGCAAUGCUGAGACCACCACUAUCAAGGAGCUGAGUGAGGCCAGCGGCAUUACCCAGGAGGACAUCAUCUAUACGCUGCAGUCUAUGAAAAUGAUCAAAUACUGGAAGGGUCAGCAUGUUAUUUGUGUCACUGCAAAGACCAUUAAUGAUCAUCUAAGGCUGCCGCAGUUUAGACGGCCCAAGCUAACUAUAGAUUCUAAUUUUCUGGUCUGGAAGCCACAUAAUGCUCAAUCUGUGCAUGCCAUCUGUUCUCCUCAGUACAGGCAGACACCACCACAAACGCCGCUACCAAUCCUACCAGCACCACCAGAAGCGCUUAUUAAGACAAAUGCUAUUGAUGAGUUUUAGAUUCCAUUAUGUUCGUGGAAAGGUAUAAAUAGACAACAAUUUUUUUUUUUUUUCCUAAUAUAAUAAUAUGAUGAG